ACAGUCACAUUAGCAAAAAUGGCUACCUUAAUCCGAACAGCUCAAAGAACCCUUCUUCGCUCUUCUUCUUCUUCUUCUUCUUCUUCUUUCCUCUUUCAAACAACCAGACCUUACUCCUCGGACGCAAUUACCAAAUCGCCCUUCGAAUCCAACAUCCUCCGAAUCCUCCGAACCGAGAUCAACUACCAGUUCGACUACGCUCCUCCUCAUCAAGCUGUGACGAAAUUCGAUUCGUUUACGGUGCAAGAUCGACCGGGGGAGCAGCUGAUCACGAUGAGUGGCAAAUUUGGAGACACCGAGAAUGUCAGAAUCGAAGCUACUAUGUUUGAUGGGUGUGUUGCUGUUCCUAAACUUGGAGAUGAGAGCUCUGGUCAAGAUUUUGCGCUUCAUCUUAGCUUGAUUGUUGAUAUCUCCAAGGGUGAUGGUUUGGAUGAAUUGGAGUUUGUGUGCUCUGCUUGGCCAAACUUUUUGGAGAUUCAGAAGGUUUAUAUGCUUAGGCGUGAUGCAUUGCUGGCUAUGCCUUAUCUGGGACCUGAUUAUAGGAAAAUGGAUGCUAAGUUGCAGAAGGCACUUAAGGAGUACUUGGAGGCAAGAGGGGUAAAUGAUGAACUCGCUGUUUUCUUGCAUGAAUUUAUGGUGAACAAGGAUAGAGCUGAACUUAUCAGAUGGUUGGGAAAUGUCAAGACUUUUGUGGAGGAAUAGAAGAUUUUGCUUUUUACUGCAUGUGUGAGAUUCAUUACCCAAAUUUUUUCAUUGAUUGUAAUCUCUGCAGUAGGUAGUCAUUUUUUAUGCUUUAUAUGCAAGAAUCAGUAACAAUAUUUGAGGUGUAUAUUAUUCAGCAUGUGACAACUGAAAACUGAAAGCUAGCAAAAUGUGUGGUUCAGCUUUGAGAUUCUUUUGAUUGUUUAAAUUUACAGCAAGAAAAUUAUAGGACUUGACAAAAGCUAGCAAAAAAGCUGGACCCAAACGGACUCUGAAAGUAUAGUGCCAAGUGUAAGCUUCUGAGGCAUUUAUUGGUAGACAUAUUGGUAUGAUAUAAAGCUGAACUUGAUGUUCUAAACACUCAGUUUAUUUUCCUCA